AGAAGAGGGGAAUAAAAAAAUAAUUUCUCAAAAUGUAAAUUGGUCAAACAGAAUAGUUUUAUUAAUUUAAUUUUGCAAGACCAAACUGUACAUAUGUAGUCAAACGUACUUCUCUUCGCGGAAUCGGAGAAAACGGAGACGACACUUGCGCGACACUCCCUGUCUAUAGGCAGUUUCAAGGGGACCCAAAUUGGGCGUUUCUUCUGUUGUUGCUACUUCCAAAAAGGAGAGAAAAAAAAAAGAGUGAGGGGAAAAAAAACAGAAGGGGGGGAAAAAAGUUUUGCUCUUGAUUGUGCAAGUUCUUUACAAACAGCGGUCAUUACACGACGAAGCUACACCCACACAGCAUACACGCAAAUCUGCCGGCGGCUAGUGCGGCAUUUAAGGUGUUACAAAGUAUCUGAAGACACUUUGGUAAAAGUUUGAGUCAACUCUGCAGGCUUUAAAAAAAAAUAUUAAAAGAUUAAAUAUUUAAUUGUUAUAGCCGAAUUAUAAAGUGCUUUGUAGGCGACAUGUUUAAGGUCGUUAGCCGUGCAAAGGGAGCAGGGGCAGUGUCUAAUAAUAGUGUUUGUCUAAAGUCCGCAGUAGCUAGCUGCUAGCUUAGCUAACUUCUGAGUAACUUUGUUUCGGGCCACUGUAAGGGACCGUCGUCAAAGGGACAGAGGCCGGCAAGGGGAGCGCUGCACAGAGCCGUGCCCUUACUGCGCCACUUUAAGUGAAAUGGGAAGCCUUGAAACCUCCAUGUUUGUAUCUUGAAAUUGCGAGCGGAGUUGAGCACCAUAUUGAAUCAAAGUUGCCAACUCCUAGACAAACCUCUUAAAACUUCCACACGUCAAACUUUAGCGCGUAUCCGAGCGGACACACGGAUCCGAAGAGUAAUGGGCGCGCUGUAGGUGACUUGUUGCGAUGUUUCCCGGGGCGUUUCAGCGUUGUUUUCGCUCACGUUAAGUUGGGUUAAUGCAGCACCGAGUCGGCGGACUAUCUCUAUCUUUAAAGUGUGAAGUUGGCACUCUGGACCAGACCUGGAUGUGAUGGACAAUCCGUCCUCUGUAAUCACUCAAGUGAGCCGGGAUGAAGAGGGAAAUAAAGCCGCGGGAGAGAGGGGUUCUUCUCCCUCUCUGUCUUCCAAGAAACCCAGGAGUGGAGGCCUCUUCUCCAGCCUUUUCUGCUGCCUGUGCCGGGACCAGCCUGAGCCGCCACCAGUCAACAACAACGCCCCUCUCUUGGUAGAAGAGAAUGGAACAGUGUCCAAGAUCCAGGCGAAACCACUGCUGCCUCCAGUGAAGUCAAAAGACUCUGGAAAGAUCUGUGUGGUUAUAGAUCUGGAUGAGACCUUAGUUCACAGCUCUUUUAAGCCUGUGAACAAUGCAGAUUUCAUCAUUCCUGUGGAAAUCGAUGGAACAAUACACCAGGUGUAUGUCCUGAAGCGGCCCCAUGUCGACGAGUUUCUGAAGAGGAUGGGGGAGCUGUUCGAAUGUGUCCUCUUCACUGCCAGUUUAGCUAAGUAUGCAGACCCAGUCUCCGAUCUCCUGGACAAGUGGGGUGCUUUCCGCUGCCGCCUUUUCCGGGAGUCUUGCGUCUUUCACCGAGGGAAUUAUGUCAAGGAUCUGAGUCGCCUGGGUCGUGACCUCAACAAAGUGAUUAUUGUGGACAACUCCCCCGCCUCCUACAUCUUCCAUCCCGACAACGCAGUGCCUGUGGCCUCUUGGUUCGAUGACAUGUCCGACACAGAGCUGCUGGACCUCAUCCCGUUCUUCGAGAGGCUGAGCAAAGUGGAUAACGUCUACACAGUCCUCAAGCAACAAGGGACCUCAAGCUAACGCCGUUUGACUUUUUCAUCUCAGCUCUGAACAAACCGGCGUACAAAAAAGCAAAAAAUAAAUAAAUAAAAAAUCCCCCCAGAAACGCCACACCAGCCAGGCUCCACCACCAGCUCCAGCUAUCACUGCCCACCAGAACACAGACUGCUUCACAGCCGACAGAGCCGUCAAAGCAACCGUCCCACACACCAAACCAAGAUCACCAUCGAGGAGCCUUUGGUGACUUUUUGACGGCGUCAACACUGCCACCUCCUGGUCAGACAGCAAACUGUCUGCAAGUUGCCUUCCAAGAACCAGCUGACGCAAGUGAAUGGACGAGAGGAUGAAUGAAUGUUUAAUGGCCUUUCUGCAGCCCCACCGGACUUUCAGUAGAGUAAACAAAGCAGAGGUCUGUAGCCACGAUUCCUCUGGACCCGGGUACUGGACUUAGACUUCUCAUGGAUGUGAUUUGGCAGCCUGAUUGCACAAGACUUGCAGGAAGUUUCAGAAAGGUUUACGCUUCUUGAUCUGUUGGAUUGUUGAAAGGGCAGGUGGGAGGUAUACGUACUGUAGAUGUCUUUUAAGCAUUUUGGUAUAGCAUUAUGUUCUUCACAGUCUAAUUUUAUCACACUAUCUGUCUCCAGUCAAAAGCAUGUGAUCGUCAGUUGUCAUAUUUUUUUGAGCUUUUGGAGUGACGUGGUCGGGUUUUUAAUAGUCAUGAGUUAUCAGUGUUAUGAAUGAAUCUGAUUUUUAAAAGGUUUGUCUUUUUUAAACUCAGCUGGCAUUGCAAGCUCAGAUACUAUUACAAGUUGUUAAAUGAACUAAUAAAAAGUGAUCAGACCACUUUAAAAAUAAUCCAUUUCACCGCAGAUUAAAUUAAUAUGCUAAGCCCAUCUUAAAAGAUGAACACGUGGGCACGAUUUUAAGUAUUUUUACUGUCUGUGCAGCGGGAAAAGGAAAUCUGUCGGAUUCAGAGCACUGACUCGGAUCGUGACUGCAUUAUUUUAUCAGAAACCUCACACUAAUCUUUGAAUAUCCAUCCAUCUGCACUUGAAAGUGACAGAGCAGCUGUUAAUGGAUCUGGUAGAUGUUAGCCUCCUGCUUUAAAGCCACACACAAACCUGAAAUUGUCUUCUGUGUAUUUACAGACUGUAAUUGGAUGGUUAAAAGAAAGUUUUGUGAUGUUAAAAAGAAAAGACACCGUUGGGUUUGUCAUGAUCUUCAAAGUACUUUUCUUUUUUUUUCUUUUUUCUUUUUUUUUUUCCCUUUUAAAUUGUCUUUUAAGCGGUACACCGAGGCUGGAAACUAUUUCUAAAUUUGGGUCAUGAAAUAGGUUUUGAGGAGGGGGGGGGCUGCCGCGAGUAUCCCAGUAUAUGGGAGGGCACAUCUUUGAAAACAAAGUGUUGUUUAGUAUAGUGCAGGUUUUAAAGGAGCUAUCCACCCCAAAACAACUUAAACACUACAAUAAACUGCUGUUAGUGAUGCCUCAUACUGGAUGUUUCCUUAUGUUUUAAACCUGGCAGAGAUCUGAUAGUGUGCAGAUUUUUGAAAUGUUUCUGGAAAAGUUGAAAAGGCAGUGCAGCUACAGCGGAUCUAAAGCUAAAUCAUCAAAUGUCCAUUUUAUUUUACACAAAACUGCAGAAAUUUGUAUUUCUGCCCACAGGUAAAAACCUAGCAGGGUGCAACAGCUUGAUGCUAGUCUGCUCAUCAAAGUCGUUAAAUGCAUGCUGUGAAUUCCAGGAGUCACUGAUUUUUUUUUAUUUUUUAUUUUUUUAUUUUUUUAUUUUUUUUUUUUGCAGUUUACCAGCAGUAACAAAGAGUGGAAAGUGUGAGAUGAUUUUGGGGUGGAGUCUUCCUUUUUUCUUGUGCACAUCUGUGUUGUGUAUCUGUAUUGUAUUCUGCCCGAUCAGAUUUAAGGAGCAACGCGGUUGCUAACGGGCCUUGCAGAUCGGUGCGAUCGACCCACGUUUGCGUUGACAAUGUGUUGACACUGAUGAAUGAAUGUGGUGGAUUUGACUUAGCAGCCUCGAUGGCAGGCUUGUGACGUGACUUCGCCUGGAUGAGGAAGGGGUGACUAAAUCCACCACCUUAAGAGCUAUUAUUACUCUUUUAAAUGUUUAACAAAUUAUUGUCAAUCAAGAUUAGCCUGUUUCAUUUCUAAAUAAUAACUGAUUUUUGCUGCCUUUUUUAAUUGUUUUUAUUUUUUUCCCAAGAGUCAUCCUCUUAUAGAAUAUUUACAGCAUGUUUUCCAAAACGGGAAGACAUUGCUCUUGCUGUUUUCUUGCAGGACCUGGUUGGUUACCUCGCGUACGAGGAGGGAGAGAUGCGGAUCAGAAACACCAGCAAAUAACUAAAGAGAUAGUAUCUUACUGUUGUAGGCACAUAACAGGGUAACAGGUUUAAAACGGCGUGUUUCAUGAAAGCCAUCAUCAAAUUACUGAUGCCGUUUGUGUUUUGGAAUUCAUUGGCAAAGACCAGUAUUUAUAGGAACGCGGAGUCAUCUUGUUAAUGGAUUACAUGUAAAACAGGUUGUGUCACUAUGGGGGCCCAUUCGCUGAUACUGUACUUCUUACACAUUCAGUAGAUAUGUAUAUGUUGUUUUUGCACAGUAAUAAAGCAAACGAAUUUCAUUAAUA